AUGGGAGGAUGGAAAUUCCGGACGGGCAGUGACCGUCUCGAUUCGCGAAAGUCUCGUCGUGGUGCUUUAGCCAUUACUGCUGCGUCUGCAUUGGCCUCUGCGGCUUAUACUUCGUUGAUCAUCGGAGCCAUGCUCUGCCUCAUGUCCGCGUUCUGCUUUCUAGUUGCGUUUGGUGCCAUGAUGGUUUGUAUGGGACUAUUCAAGGAUGACGACCUUCGUCUAUUUCAUGCUAUUCCCAACCUACAGUAUCAUGCGAAGUUUGGCAAGCAAGAAGUCAGCUACUCACUUUAG